AUGACUCCAUGUUUAUUACGUCUAAAGAGGUUAUGCGGUAAAAGCUCUGUGCGUGCGGACGUUUCACGACGAAUUUUUGUACUCUACAUUAAAACCAAUCAGUCAAGAUGACGAUUGGCAAAAACAAUAAGAUGCUGCAGCAUAUCAACUAUCGAGUUAGGAUCAUCCUACAAGAUUCUCGAACAUUUAUAGGCACAUUCAAGGCCUUCGACAAGCACAUGAACUUGAUACUUGGUGACUGUGAAGAAUUUCGUAAGAUCAAGCCGAAGAACACGAAGCAGCCAGAAAGAGAAGAGAAGCGUGUGCUGGGCUUUGUGCUUCUACGCGGCGAGAAUAUCGUUUCCUUAACAGUCGAGGGUCCACCGCCUCCCGAGGAAGGAUUGCCGAGAGUACCGAUUCCAGGAGCCGCACCAGGACCGGGUAUGGCUCGUGCUGCUGGAAGAGGUAUGCCAGCGAACGUUGCGGGAGUGCCGGCUGGACUGCAGGGACCCGUCAGGGGUGUCGGAGGCCCCUCCCAACAGAUCAUGACACCUGGCAGCAGAGGUCAGGUCUCGGCACCACCUCAGAUACAUCCUGGUGGCCCGCCGCGUAUGCCAGUCGGUGGACCGCCACCGGGCAUGAUGGGACCGCCGGCUGGAAUGAUGGGUAUGCCACCCGGAAUGCCGCCUAUAGGACGUGGUGGUCCACCAAUGGGACCACCUGGCAUGAGAGGCCCGCCUCCAGGUUUGAUGCGCGGCGGUCCACCUCGCCCGUACUAGUAACUGGAUUAUCAAAAACUUUCAUAAAAAUAUAAUUAGAAAUAAGAAAUUCUUUUGUAAUAUUAAUGCAUCGUACUCUUCAAUCCUUGUAAAACUCUGGUGUGAAUAUAUAACAGUUUUAUAAAAUUAAGAUUCAUAAGAAAUAAUAAAGUCUGCUCAGAUAACGCUCAAA